UCGUAAAACUCUAAGGUAGCCACACUGUCAUGUCUUCUUUCCACGCCGCGCUGGUCUCCGCUCUUCUGCUGCUGGUGAUCGUCUUGGGGCCCUCCUCGAUGGCUCGAGGUCACAAAGACGAUGUCGCCGGUGGCCUCGACUGCAAGUUCAGCUGCCCACGGUCCCUGAAGCCCUCGCCUCGCGCCCUGUACAAGAGCUCUUCGAACGGCUGCGGCACCGAGGCCUUCCGGCUGCCGGCGUCGGCACUGCCGCACCCGGACUUCGAGGCGUGCUGCAACGAGCACGACAUUUGCUACGACACGUGCCUAGCGGACAAGGGCCAAUGCGACGCGGCCUUCGACGCGUGCAUGCAGCGCAUCUGCGACACCAAGGUGGUGGCCGGCAAGGACUCGUGCGUCUCGACGGCCAACCUGUUCAUGAGCUUGACCAAGAACCUGGGCUGCGACCCCUUCAUCAAGUCGCAGAAGCAGGCGUGUGUGUGCACAUCCGAUGGCGACCUGUAGGACUCGUGGAUGAUUCGUGAAACCAGCCUCACGUGCGUGGUCUCCAGACUUGUACACGGGUUACCUGAAAGGCUCGCCACUUGCGGAUUUGAUGCCGAUUUAUAGGUCUGCACACGUUGUGAAGCGCCCGGGGGUACUCUGCGUGCCAUUUUCGCAUUUGAAACCGGAAUAAAU